AUGAAGCAGCAUGAAGAUACUAAAAGCAUGAGGGAUCCAGACAAAGGAUUACGAAGGAAACGAAGGAAAGGGCACGGGUUCCGCUACGAAGAGCAAGUCAUCGCACUGGUCUUCCUCCGCUGCCUCACAAAACAGCUGCCAAACUUCGAGCUGGCGUCCGAUAACCGCAGUGUUUGGCACAUAUUUGACGACAUCGUUGUUACAUGGAACAGCGUGGACAAUCUGGGUGAAAAAUACAUCUUGCUGGUGCAGUUGAAACAUAAGGUGUCUAAGAAACAUAAAAUACUCACGGAAGCUGACCUGUUUCCAAAGAAGAAAAACAAAUCCAAUGAUAAUUUACUUGCUAAUGACUGGACCAACGCGUUCGCCAAUGGCUGGGCCGAUGACUGUGCUGAUGACUGGCUUAAUGAUUGUGCCAAUGACUGUGCUGAUGACAGUGGCAAUGACUGUGCAAAUGACUUUCCUGUUGACUGCACUGAUGACUUUGCUGAUUGGGUUGAGGAGUGGCCUUAUGACCACGUUAGUGACAGUGGCAAUAAAUGCUCUGAUGACUGUGCUGACUCUGCUGAUGACUGGCUUAAUGAUUGUGCCAAUGACUGUGCUGAUGACAGUGGCAAUGACUGUGCAAAUGACUUUCCUGUUGACUGCACUGAUGACUUUGCUGAUUGGGUUGAGGAGUGGCCUUAUGACCACGUUAGUGACAGUGGCAAUAAAUGCUCUGAUGACUGUGCUGACUCUGCUGAUGACUGGCUUAAUGAUUGUGCCAAUGACUGUGCUGAUGACAGUGGCAAUGACUGUGCAAAUGACUUUCCUGUUGACUGCACUGAUGACUUUGCUGAUUGGGUUGAGGAGUGGCCUUAUGACCACGUUAGUGACAGUGGCAAUAAAUGCUCUGAUGACUGUGCUGACUCUGCUGAUGACUGGCUUAAUGAUUGUGCCAAUGACUGUGCUGAUGACAGUGGCAAUGACUGUGCAAAUGACUUUCCUGUUGACUGCACUGAUGACUUUGCUGAUUGGGUUGAGGAGUGGCCUUAUGACCACGUUAGUGACAGUGGCAAUAAAUGCUCUGAUGACUGUGCUGACGAUUGUUCUGACAGCUGGGCUUAUGGCUGGGCCAAUAACUCUGCUGAUGACAGUGCUAAUGACUGUUCUGAUGACUCUGCUGAUGACUGUGGUGAUGACCGCGAUGAUGACAGUUCCAAUGACUGUGACAAAGGCUUGGCCGUUGACUGGGCUGACGAAUGGACCAAUGUCUGUGCAAAUGACUAUGCCAGUGACUGUGUUGUUGAUUGCGCGAGUUAUUGUGCUGGUGACAAUGAUUAUGACUGUUCCAAUGACUCUGCUGACGAUGGUAAUUAUGACUGUUCCAGUGACUCUGCUAAUGACUGUGCUGAUGGCUGGGCUGAGGUCUGGCUCAGUGGCUGGGCCAGUGGAUGUGCUGGUGACAGUGGGAAUGACUGUCACAAUGAAUAUGACAAUAAGUGUGCUGAUGGCUCUCCUGAUGAUUGGACUCAUGACUCUUGCAAUGACAGUGAUAAUGGCUGUGCCAAUGACAGUGAUGAUGACAGAGCAAAUGACAGUGAUGAUGACAGUUCCAAUGACUGUGACAAAGGCUUGGCCAUUGACUGGGUUGACGAAUGGACCAAUGUCUGUGCGAAUGACUAUGCCAGUGACUGUGUUGUUGAUUACGCCAGUUAUUGUGCUGGUGACAAUGAUUAUGACUGUUCCAAUGACUCUGCUGACGAUGGUAAUUAUGACUGUUCCAGUGACUCUGCUAAUGAAUGUGCUGAUGGCUGGGCUGAGGUCUGGCUCAGUGACUGGGCCAGUGGAUGUGCUGGUGACAGUGGGAAUGACUGUCACAAUGAAUAUGACAAUCAGUGUGCUGAUGGCUCUCCUGAUGAUUGGACUCAUGACUCUUGCAAUGACAGUGAUAAUGGCUGUGCCAAUGACAGUGAUGAUGACAGAGCAAAUGACAGUGAUGAUGACAGUUCCAAUGACUGUGACAAAGGCUUGGCCAUUGACUGGGCUGAUGAAUGGACCAAUGUCUGUGCAAAUGGCUAUGCCAAUGACUGUGUUGUUGAUUACGCCAGUUAUUGUGCUGGUGACAAUGAUUAUGACUGUUCCAAUGACUCUGCUGACGAUGGUAAUUAUGACUGUUCCAGUGACUCUGCUAAUGAAUGUGCUGAUGGCUGGGCUGAGGUCUGUCUCAGUGACUGGGCCAGUGGAUGUGCUGGUGACAGUGGGAAUGACUGUCACAAUGAAUAUGACAAUCAGUGUGCUGAUGGCUCUCCUGAUGAUUGGACUCAUGACUGUUGCAAUGACAGUGAUAAUGGCUGUGCCAAUGACAGUGAUGAUGACUGUGACAAAGGCUCGGCCAUUGACUGGGCUGAUGAAUGCGCCUAUGACUCUGCCAAUUGUGGCGAUGAAUGCGCCAUUGAAUGGGCUGACAACUGGGCCAAUGACCAUGCCGUUGACAGUACCAAUGACUGUGCCAAUGAUUGUGCUGAUGAAUGUGACUGUUAUUCUGUCAAUGACUGUGCUGAUUAUUGGACUGAUGACCGUGCCUGUUACUGUGCUGAUGACAGCGCCAAUGACACUGCCAGUGACAGUUCUGAAGACUGGGCUGAUGACUGUGUCAAUGAGAAAGCCAAUGAGAAUGCCGAUGUCUAUGCCAAUGUCUAUGCCAAUGACUAUAGUGAUGACAAUGCCAAUUACUGUUCCAGUGUCAAUGAUGAUGAUUGUGACAAUGACUAUAUCUAUGAGCAUAGCAAUGACUAUGCGAAUAACAGUGCUAAUGACUGCUCUGAUGACUGUUCUCAUGACUGGAAUAAUGAAUGGACUGAUUGCCGGGUCAGUGAGAGUGCCGAAGACAGUGCCAAUGUUUGUAAUGAUGACAGCACUGAUGACUGUGCCGACGACACUGCCAAUAACACUGCAAAAGACGGUGUUGAUGACUAUGUCAAUGACUAUGCCGAUGAAAGUGUCGAUGAUGCAAAUGACUAUGCUGAAGAAAGUGAUGACAAUUAUGCUGAUGACUACGUCAAAGAAAAUGCCGAUGACUACGCUGAAGAAUAUGACGAUGACUAUGCCGAAGACUAUGCCGACGACAAUGUCGACAAUUAUGCUGACAACAGCGGCAACAAAGACACUGAAGAAAAUGCCGAUUACUAUCUCGAUUACUAUGCUGACAGCUAUUCCAAUGACUAUUCUGACAACUCUACCGACAUUUAUGCCUACGGCUAUACUGCUGAGUACGCAGAGAACUGUGGCUUCGACUAUGCCGACGACUAUGACGAGGAACGACUCUUCGACGAUCCUGCACAAGACUACAUGCCUGAAAUUCUUGAAGGAGGGCAGAACCUUUAUUUGUCUUUACCGCAUCAUGAUGCGCAGUUAUGGCAUUAG